CAGGACCAACCGCAACGGUCAAAUGGGGGAAUCACCGGCGAAAUCCCUAACACCGUUCUACCAGAAUUUGGCAAAAAAGGAAGUUGGUGAGAAUGCCGAACAUGUGAUGGCACAUUUGACCAGUUUCAAGCGUUGGUUAGCAGCCUCGCCGCAUCUCAAAAUACCUCAAGCUUCCUGCGCUAUGCUCACUAUNUCAUGCAUUGCCCAACGGCGGAUCGAUAAUUUCUGCACUCUACGGUACUCCGACAAGCAUAUCUCCCCCUGGUACGAGUACCCUAAACUGGAUGAUCCACGACUUGAGAAGUAUUUGAAUGCAGGGAUUUUCGUUCCACUAGGAUUCAUGGAUAACGGAAUGUAUGUAAUCUUGAUUCGGUUAGCCAGCUGGUCACCGGCUGAACUGGAUCAGGUUGCCAUGCGCGCGAUGAACAAUAUGAAUUUUGAGAGACUUCUGUUCGAUCAACGUUGUCAAAUAGGAGGAUUCACUCUUUUUAUCGACAUGGCUCACACUACCAUGGAACAAGCAACACAGUGGGGGGAUUUCAAGCACGCCAAAAGUGCUUUCAAACUGAUGCAGGAAUCCUCUCCCGGCCGGGUGAAAAACCUGAUUUUCUACAAAGAGACCAAGCUGUUUGAUUUUGCUUUCAAACUCGCUGAAGUAUGGCUGAGCGAAAAAAUGAGAAACAGGGUAACCCGAGUGAAAGAUGAUAUCAACAAAGCAUUCAAGAAGAUUCCAGGAUUGAAAGAUGUGCUUCCGAUGGAAUAUCAUGGAAAAAAUGGGACUCUAGAAGAAGCUUUAGCCCGCUGCAAUCGGGAACUCAGGGAGUUCUACGCAAAUGGAAAUGUUUUGCAAGAAAUUGCUGUAGAUGAAUCUAAGAGACCAUCGUCGGCCCGAAAUUACAUACGAGAAUACAAAGAACUGGAUCAGUCUAUGAUGGGCACAUCAGGCACAUUCAUCAAACUCGAUCCCCGUGACUAGUGCAUUUUUUCUAGUUAAAUUGUUCUCAUUUGUUCUUACGUAAUGAACAACGCAGUAUAGACUGAAUGUGAAUAUACACCACUUUUUGGAAACCUCACAAUAUCAGUCAUGUUCAUGAUGAAAAUGAUGGUCUUCAAAUAGCGUCUCAAUUGCGGGUCUUCCUUUUUUCAAUCGCAUGUCUUUC